GACAGCAAUGUGUUGGCAGUGCAGUGCCCUGUCCUGCUGAGAAGCAGGCAGUCGCAGGAACACCAGGACCCAGACUGCUGAAACAUCCACGCGCGGCGCCUCAUGACCAGUGCCCAGGUCCAGUGACCACAGCAGAGGACAGCACUGUGACAGAGAAGUUACCGCGACCCAACAGUGUGUUCAAAAUCUCUCAAGAUUUUUUUUUGAAAGAUCUCCUGGUCCUGUGAAGAAACUGACAACUGGAGCUGCCACCUCUCAUAUCAAGGGUACAUCAUGACUACCUUGCUUCUUCUGUGUGCAUGUUUACAUGUCAUCUCAGCAACUCCAACCUUUGGAGACCUCUCUGACGGAGAUGUGGACAGCACGCUGAGCGUCAGCAUUCCCUUGGAGAAUCCGCUGCGCCCCCUGAUGGGAGCCAAAGUGGUGAUGCCCUGCUACUUCCAGGACAACACCGUGCACGACCCCGGCGCUCCGACCAUCGCCCCGCUCUCCCACCGCAUCAAGUGGAGCUACAUCCACAAGGGCAAGGUGUCCCUCAUCUUGGUGGCCUCUGAUGGCCAGGUCCGCGUGGAGACUGACUACCUGGAUCGGGUCCACCUCAUCAACUACCCGUCCAUCCCCACGGACGUCACCAUGGAGAUGACCGAGCUGCGCUCCUCGGACUCCGGCUCCUACCGCUGUGAGGUGAUGCACGGCAUCGAGGAUAACUACGACUCUGUUGACGUCCAGGUUCAAGGGAUUGUGUUCCACUACCGAGCCAUCUCCACCCGCUACACACUAACGUUUGAGAAGGCCAAGGCUGCGUGCAUCCAGAACGGCGCUGUUAUCGCUACCCCUGCUCAACUCCAGGCCGCCUACGAUGAUGGCUUCCACCAGUGUGAUGCUGGUUGGUUGGCUGACCAAACAGUCAGGUAUCCGAUUCUUGAGCCUCGUGAGGGUUGUUUUGGAGACAAAGAGGACUUCCCUGGUGUUCGUACCUAUGGCGUGAGAGAUGUCAAUGAGACUUAUGAUGUGUACUGCUUUGCAGAGAAGAUGUCAGGCAAGGUUUUCUAUUCCAUGUCUUUUGAGAAGUUCACCUUCAUGGAGGCGAUUGACCAAUGUGCCAACCUGGGGGCCCGACUGGCCACCACUGGGGAGCUCUAUCUGGCCUGGCAGGGUGGUAUGGAUGUCUGCAAUGCAGGCUGGUUGGGCGACAGAAGUGUACGCUACCCAAUCAACAUCGCCCGUCCUCAGUGUGGUGGUGGCCUUCUGGGGGUACGCACCGUGUACUUGUACCCAAACCAGACUGGCUUCCCCUAUCCUGACUCCCGAUACGAUGCCAUCUGCUUUGAAGAGCAUGAGGAGGAGGAGGUGCCACCCUUUCCGUUCCCAGAGCCCGAGAGGAGCACUACGGAGGGGCACUUUAGCGUGGGCACCGUCACCAGCAGCCCUGUGCUCUACCCCGGCCACUCCACCACCGAGGGCGAGGUCCGCGCCCAGGAGCCCACCGAGGUGCCCCUGCCCUUCCCCCCCGCCACCUUCACCAGCACUGUCACGGAGGAGGUCAUCACCAUGGCUACCGCCCGGCCAGAUACGGGCAUGGAGCGCCCCAAGGAGACUGGCACGGCAGGUGUGGUGUUCCACUACCGUUCUGGUUCCAGGCGUUAUGCUCUGACCUUCGUGGAGGCCCAGCUGGCUUGCCACAUUCAAGGCGCGGACAUCGCCAGCCCCCAGCAGCUCCAGGCUGCCUAUGAGGCAGGCUUCCAUCACUGCGCUGCAGGCUGGCUCAGUGACCAGACCGUCAGGUACCCCAUUGUGAAUCCUCGAGCCAAAUGUUCUGGAGACCAACAUCAGCAGCCUGGAGUUCGCUCAUAUGGCCUUAAGGACGCCAGGGAGCACUACGACGUCUACUGUUACAUGGACCGACUGAGGGGUGAGGUCUUCCACGUCAGCAACCUGGCCGGCUUCACCUUCUACGAGGCCUCGUCUUACUGCAAGAGGCAGAACGCCACGCUGGCCUCGACGGCCGAGCUGUACGCGGCCUGGAGCCAGGGCAUGGACAGCUGCCAGCCCGGCUGGCUGUCUGACCGCAGCGUCCGCUAUCCCAUCCGCAACCCAAGACAGAGCUGCGGUGGGGGAAGAGUCGGGGUCCACACCGUCUAUGUGUACCCAGGCCAGAGCGGCUUCCCCAGCCCCUACUCCAGAUAUGACGCCUACUGCUACAGAGCUGACCUGUCCAUGCUGAUCUCCGAGGGCAUAGUGGACACAACUCAGAUGGUUUCGGAGUGGAACAUGACCGUAAUCACAGAUCUUCUGAGGCCUGUGCGCCCCACCAUCUCUCCUAUUUUCGUGGACAUUUCUGGCUCUGGGGAGUUGUCCGGAAGUGGCUCUGGAGACACGUCCGGGGACGUAUCGGGCAGUGGCAGGGCCAGCGGCCAGGAGUCUGGAUCAGGCGUUGACGGAUCUGGCUUCCCCGUGAGAUUCCAGGGCAGUGGAGAGCGGCUCUCUGGAGAGGGCUCUUCGUCCGAGUUUCCUGAGGAGGCAUCGGAGGGCAGCACCGUCACCUUCCCAGCGGCCUCCGGAGACUUGUCUGGAGACGCCAGCGGCGAGCGCUCCGGGAUGGGAGAGGGGAGCGGCUCGGCCACCGUGGACUUCCACUCGGGCGAUCUGAGCGGAGAGGAGAGCGGCGGUUCCGCGGUCGUGCUGGUUGACCGGGAGCUGGUCGACCAGUCCAUCAUGCCGACGCGAGCAGAGCAGGAGCUGGGCAGGGGACCGUCGGACAUCGGCGGUUCCGGGUUCCUCAGCGGCGAUGUCAGCAGCAGCGGGUCUGCGUCCGGCCUCCCGGAUCUGACCUUUGUGGACCACAGUCUGGUCCACCUGACGGGGAGCGGUCAGGAGGAGCAGGAGGUGUCCGGCUUCCGGCCCCUCGGCUCCGGCGACGCCAGCGGCUACGGCUCGGCGUAUCCCUCCGGCUUCCCGUCCGGCGGCUCUCGUCGUCCCGACGGGGUCAUCCUGAAGGAGGACGAAGUGUUCGAGGUGACGGAGCACCCCAGGGAGACGGCGGAGCAGGGCCAGGGGUCAGUGGAGGCCAGCGGGGCCGAGACGGCCGGGCUCUCCGUGGAGCUGCCCCCCGGCUACACCUACGAGCGCUACAUGAGGGAGUUCAUGAGCGGAAGAGGACCGCACGGGCACGUGAGCGGGCACGACGCGGAGGCGAUGCCCACCACGGUCUGGAUGGAGCCGGAAGUGUUCCCAACAACAUGGGCUGACGUCACCACAGAGUCCCCUGUCACCACCACCAGCAGCAGCAGCAGCAGCGGGGCAGUCAGUAUCAGCACCACCACUGUGUCCAGCAUCACCACCGCAUCCUCCGUGCCACUGCAGACCCCAGCCGUUGUGGAGGAGCCAGCUGUUGAAGACGGUGAUGCUGACCCCUGCGAGCCCAACCCCUGUGGCUCUGGGUCAUGCUCCGUCCAGGAUGGCAUCGCAGUGUGCCAGUGUCCUCCAGGACAGACAGGAGAUGACUGUGCCACACCAACGCAGGGCUGUGAACAGGGCUGGGAGGAGUUCAUGGGGAACUGCUACCUGCACUUCUCCGAGCGCGAGACCUGGGGCAGCGCAGAGCAGCGCUGUCAGGACCUCAACUCCCACCUGGUCAGCAUCACCACCCCGGAGGAGCAGGAGUUUGUCAACUCCAAUGCACAGGAUUAUCAGUGGAUCGGACUCAAUGACAAGGAUAUGCAGAACGAGUUUAGGUGGACGGACGGGACUCCUAUGAGCUUUGAGAACUGGAGACCAAAUCAGCCCGACAACUACUUCAACGCUGGAGAGGACUGUGUGGUGAUGAUCUGGCAUGAGAAUGGCCAGUGGAAUGAUGUCCCCUGUAACUACCACCUGCCCUUCACCUGCAAGAGUGGGCCAGUCAUGUGCUCUUCGCCUCCUGAGGUGGAGAAUGCUAGGCUGAUGGGCAGCCCCAAACAUCGCUACCCUGUCAACUCCAUCGUGCGCUACCAGUGUAACGGUGGCUUCGCACAGCGCCACCUGUCUGUGGUGCGCUGCAUGCCUGAUGGACGAUGGGAGGAGCCCCAAGUGGAGUGUAUAGGCAGUAAUACCAACAUCAGACUAAGGAAACGAUCCCUGAAGCAGCAGUCUAAAGCGGCCAGCAGUCGGACAUUGCGAAAGCACCUCUAAACAGGAUAGAAGGGACUAACAUUAGGGAAAAAAGGAUUUUGUUGUUAAAAAAUAUUUCUAUGAGACAUUUUUGCCUGACGAAAACAAACACACCUAAGAGAUAUUGCCCAACUUUUUUUAUACUUUGUCAAACAUUAGAUUUUGUAGUCUGCCUGGCUAAUUGGAUUUAAAAGUGUUACUUUGAAUUGGAUUUAAAAGUGUUACUUUGUUCUUAAUAUAAAAGGGAGUGCAUUUAGGGUUUUUAGCUACAUUUGUAAAAAUGUACAACUGUUCUUCUGGAAACCCAAUGUUUGUGUUAAUUUAGAGAGAGAAAGUAACUCCUCAAGUCCUACUGUAGCACUCGCCAUCAAAGACAAAAGGCUGUCUUGACUACAGUUGGUAAUUAUGAAAAGCUCAUUGGUUUUUUGAUUUUUUGUUUUUUUUGUGUGUUUUUUUUGUUUGUUUGGUUUUUAAUUUGCAAAGUUUAGUAUAUUUUUGUAAUUUGUUUUCUGUUUUACUCAGGACCACAGAGAGUACAAGUAUCUUUUCCUGAGAAAAAGACAAACAAUUCCCCAUUAGCUCAGCCACUGGGAUCCAACAAAAAAGACUUACAUUUCUUAUCUGUCUUACAUUUAGACAGACCAACUAAAGUUGUGGUCAAUCAGAUCAGUGAAUUAGUAAUCCUGAAUAGUGAGAUCUAAUUUGUUUUCUGAGAUCUUACAGAUUUCACUUUGCAGUGCAUAGCACUUCAGUUGCACCACAACCAGUGACCAUAGCCACACUACCGAUAUAAUAUUUCAUUUUAAAGUCCAUAACUGUUAAAUGGUUAAAACAAUCCCUGGUUGUGAUAAAGUAGUUUCUUUCUCUAUACGGAGAAGACAAGUCUCUAAAAGAGACCUUUGUCUGGUUGACAUUUACUGUGAAUGCCUUUUGGCCUGAAAGAUGGUACUGAACCAUGCUUGAUGACAAUGCACACUAUUUUGGCCCUCUUGGCAGAUUUGACACUAGCGACUAGAUUUCACCAAGCCAACAGAAGUAUUGAUCAAAUAAGAUGAUUGUGUCCAAACCAGAGUUUGAGAGAAUGCUUCAGCCUUGAGAUAUCUGUCGGUCCUGUAGGAUAAAUCAAAAGGCAAGAGAUUGCCAAUCCAUACUGUUUUACCUAUUAGACUGUACAGUAGAAGAAAGUUUAUGUCAAAAACAUUGGUGUCUAAUAAUUGUCAAAUUGCCAUCACUGUCUAACCCCUGAAAUAAAUAUUUGGCACCAAAUAUAUUGUAUAAUAGCAUGGUAAUUUAUGAUCUUGGGGUGGAAAAAAAAGAUAUGUGCUGAAGAUUGAUAUAAAUGUCUUGCUUAUGUUGACCUUACCAUCACUGGCCAGUUAGGACCUAAAUGCAUGUUUCUGAGAAUGUAUGUUGACGUGAGUUAAAUAAGAAUGUACUGGGUAAGUGUGCAAAAAGGUGCAUGCGUGCUGGGCAUGCAUAGGUGUGUGUGUGUGUGUGUGUGUGUGUGUGUGUGUGUGUGUGUGUCUGUGUGUGUGUGUGUGUGUGCGUGCGUGCGUGCGUGCGUGCGUGCGUGCGUGCGUGCGUGCGUGCGUGCGCGUGUGUGUGUGUGUGUGUGUGUGUGUGUAUGUGUGUGUAUGUGUUAAUAUGGGGGUAGGUAUGCAGUCCUUCAAAAGCACACAACAAAUGUGAUUCAAUAUGUGCUGUAAAUGUGUGCCUCUAUGUUUGAUGAAAGAACCUGGUUUGAGACGAAAACACAAAUAAA